AUGGAAGCGGGUUAUGAUUCUCAAAAGAGAGCUGUAAUGCUCGACCGUCGCAAAACUCUCAGCAGGCCCGAAAGGUAUCAGCCAGCAACUCCUAUGUUGCCGGGUGAUGGUAAGAAAUCUUUUGAUCCAUGGGUAUUUUUUUCAAAAGUUAUAACUAUUUGGGCUCCUGCUGCACUUUUAUCAUCGAUUGGUGGACUUCAUGAUAAAAGUUCCCAACAAGCUUGGCGAGAAAAAAUUGCACUAUGUUUUAUCGCUGUUGCUAUGGGCGGUUCUGUUGCAUUUUUAACCGUUGGAUUUACUGCCAUUCUAUGUCCUCCAUCUCAACAAAACAAUCCCGAUUUAUUUAAGCGUUACGGUGAAGCACCAGGACAUCUUGGUAUAAGUGGAUGGCAAUUUGAUAUAACUCAAUCUGUAAAUCCCAAAGGUCAAGGUGGUAAAGAGCUCGUAAGUUUCGAAGUUCUUGCUCAAAAUCAAAAUGGACAAGAUAUUACUGGAUUAUUCCAACGUAAUCUCGCUGAUUAUCCAAAUUGUCAAGAUCCUGAAAUUCAGAAAUUUGCCGCAGUUAGCGACCAAUUUUGUCAUAAAGACACUUGCAUACUUAAAAACAUUGAUGAUACUACUUUUCAAGAAUAUAAAAUUACAAACACAACUAAAAAAGUUGGGUUUGAUUGGGAACAAAUUUCCACACUUCCAGACUACUUGGUUAUUGAUGGUAAUGUGCUUAAUCUUGAAGAUUACAUGAAAACGCAUCCAAAUCCAACAGGAGAUCAAGUUGAUAAAGUAAUCCGUGAUGUUUUGACUACUGAUCAUUUGGAAGGUGGAAAGGACGCUACUCGCCUUUUCUUUGGUAGACCUGAUAUGAAAGCUUCAGUUAAUUGCCUUGUUAGUAAAUAUUAUGCCGGUAACAUUGAUAAGGAAACUAUUGGAUGUUUCACUUCUCAACUCUUCUUAUACGUAUCUUUGACUGUCAUCUUAAGUAUCGUCUUGACUCGUUUUGUGAUGGCUUGUAUUUUCGAUUGGUUCAUCUCUCAUCGUCUUGCUCUUAAACCAAAGAAUCCAAAAUCUGUUGUCUCAUCACAAAGUUUUGUUAGUGCUGGUGGUCAACCAUGGACUUCUGGAACUGGUACCGUCGCAAAGAACAUAUCUAUGGAUGAUGUGGGUAAUGAUUUAUUUACUGUCUUGUUGGUCACAUGUUACUCUGAGGAUGAAACUGGUUUAAGAUGUACUUGUGAAUCAAUGGCUGCUACCGAUUAUCCUGAUGAUCGUAAAUUGUUGUUCCUUGUUUGUGAUGGUAUCAUUAUCGGUUCUGGCAAUGAUAAAAGUACUCCUGAUAUUUGUAUCGACCUUAUGGAAGUUGAACCUGAAUUUGAAAAUCCCCAACCACAAAGUUACGUUGCUGUCGCUGCUGGUGCUAAACAACAUAACAUGGCUAAAGUCUAUGCUGGUUUCUUCCGCUGGAAGGAUCGUCGUAUCCCCAUGGUCACUAUUGUAAAAUGUGGUGGUCCUGAAGAACAAGGUAAACCAAAACCCGGAAAUCGUGGAAAACGUGACUCUCAAUUGAUAUUGAUGAACUUCUUCAGUCGUGUAACUUACAACGACCGUAUGUGCGCUUUGGAUUACGAUCUUUUUAGAAAGAUUCAUCAUUUAAUGGGCGUUACUCCGGAUUUUUUCGAAAUCGUACUUAUGGUUGAUGCUGAUACUAAAGUAUAUCCAAACUCCCUUAGACUUUUGAUUAAUUGUAUGUGUAAUGAUCCACUUAUUAUGGGUCUUUGUGGUGAAACAAAAAUCGCCAACAAGCGUGAUUCUUGGGUUACCGCUAUUCAAGUUUUCGAAUAUUAUAUUUCUCAUCAUUUGGGUAAAGGUUUUGAAUCCGUGUUUGGUGGUGUCACUUGUUUACCUGGUUGUUUCUGUAUGUACCGUCUUAAGGCCCGUAAAGGAGAUGACGAUUGGGUACCAAUUGUUACAAAGCCUGAAAUUGUACAAGAAUAUUCACAAAAUACAGUUGAAACCCUUCAUCAAAAGAAUUUGUUGCUUCUUGGUGAAGAUCGUUUCUUAACAACACUUAUGUUGAGAAACUUUCCUCAUCGUAAGAUGAUGUUCUGUCCACAAGCUGUUUGUAAAACAGUUGUACCCGACGAUUUUUGGGUUUUGCUUUCACAACGCCGUCGUUGGAUUAACUCUACAAUUCACAAUCUUAUGGAGCUUGUCCUUGUUCGUAAUCUUUGUGGAACAUUCUGUUUUUCUAUGCAAUUUGUCGUAUUUAUGGAAUUGAUCGGUACUGUUGUACUUCCCGUCGCUAUUGUGCUGACUUAUGCCUUGGUCGUUAAUAUCAUAAUUAAACCACCGCAAAGUUUCACAGAAGCAAUUCCAUUAGUGAUGUUGGGAAUGGUUCUUGGUUUGCCUGCUAUAUUGAUUUUGAUCACCACAAGAAAAUUGAUUUAUAUCGCUUGGAUGCUUGUAUAUUUACUUGCUUUACCUGUACCACUAAAACGAUGGGAAGAUUGGGAACGUACACGUAUUCGAAGAAACAAACGUCAAGAACGUGAAAGACAACAAGUGGGACCAACACAUGAUCCAAACAGCGCCUUAUUAUCAGGCAAUGAUGGAGAUUAUUACGGAGAUUCGGGUUCAGUACAUUCACAGACGUCAGCGGACUUAGGACCUCAACAAUACUAUGAUUAUUCUGUAAAUUCCAAUAACGGUACAGGAUAUCCUCCACAACAAUAUUAUCAACAAGCACAAUUUGAGGAUGUAGGGUUUGGUAAUACACAUGAAUUAGAACGCGCACCUUCACCUAAUCCACAACCUAAGGGUUAUUAUUGA